AUGCAAAACAAUAUUCAUGCUUGCCGAAGUCACGGGAGUGGAUCGCGAUAUACCGACUUAGAGUCAGGCUACGAAUACGAUGUUCAAUUCCCAAACCUCCAUAGCUGGGGCGAAAGCUAUACUGGAUUAACUCCUGUGGACGAAGCCCCGGCCCGACUCGAUCUAGACACCCAUCUAACUGUGGAUGCCAUCUCCGAUUUGGCUGAAGCCAUGUCCAAUGAUAUCACGACGACAAUCGACAACACAGAUACAGCUACACCAGACCCUGUUGCAGCUACUCUCAAUUCACCUUUGAUUGUAGCUGAUACAGUCAUACCCGAGCCUAUCGCAGGUUUAGCCGGGGUAGUGCAGCCUGGAAACAUAUCCUUGAAGCGCCGGCGACCGGAAGUCUUAGAUGAACAGGUCAAUGGGAUGAAAACGGCAGAGGAUCAUGCUCUUAAACGCCAAAAAAUCAACCUUCAUUCUCCCGAUGCAUGCAACACCAACACGUAUCAACUUUGGGGUGAUGAGGCUCUACCAACUGAAAUCGCCAUCACAAUCAAUCACAACCAUACUCAACUGCAAGAUGAUAUGCAUCGCGUUGCCACGCCUGCUGCAGCGAUCACCUCUGAUAAUACUUCUGAUAAUACUCACCUGCAAGAUGAUUCCAAUCGCUUUUCCACACCUGCUGCAGCUAUCACCUCUGAUAAUACUUCCCUGCACGACGAUAUCAAUCGCUUUUUCACACCUGCGGCUGCGAUCGAUUCUGAUCCCAUGGCGGCUAAUACUAAAGCCCAUGCAAUCAAGCCUGAAAGUCUCUCUCUCAAACGCCAGCAAGCUAAAGUCUUUGACGAAAGUUCUGAAGUGCCGGUCACACCAGUUCCUAAACGUCAAAAAAUCGAUCCGUUUGAUGGCCCAGCAAUUCUUGGAACUCCUUGUACCCCCGUUGUUGAUGAACAACCGGACGUGCCAGUGACCCCGGUUGAUAACUAUCAAAACAUCAAUUCAUCUGAUGACUUGAUGAUUCUCGAAACCCCGCGCACUCCGGUUUUUGUUAAACAACCUAGUGGACAACCCAAUGUCCCGAUGACACUAGUUUAUGAUCAUCAAAAAAACCACACUUCCGAUGGCUCAAUCACUCUCGGCACCACUUCUACUCCGGUCUUCAUUGAGCAACCAAUUGUGCCGGUCACACCAGUUCCUAAACGUCAAAAAAUCGAUCCGUUUGAUGGCCCAGCAAUUCGAACUCCUUGUACCCCCGUUGUUGAUGAACAACCGGACAUGCCAGUGACCCCGGUUGAUAACUAUCAAAACACCAAUUCAUCUGAUGACUUGAUGAUUCUUGAAACCCCGCGCACUCCGGUUUUUGUUAAACAACCUAGUGGACAACCCAAUGGUGUUCCCAAUGACACUAGUUUAUGA